ACCAAACGACAACCUUAUUUUGGAUAAAGUGAAAGUAGAUUGUAGACGUUGGAAUACGCCUCGGUUCGAUUCCGGAUUAUUAUUAUGAUAGCCCGGGAAAAGUUGAAGAAGCAAAGUGUAACAAACUUGAAAACACUCUACUCACAUCAUAAUCAAUGACAACAAAGCAUGAGGAGGUACAAACCUGGCUUGAGAAUGUAUUUGCUGGAGAUGACAUCCCUGAGUUUGAGAUAAAUGCCACCAGUUUAUCUCUUCUGUACAAUCUGAUGAGAUGUAACGAGCAUGCUGACAGAGAUACUAAACUCCUGGUGGAGGAUUAUCGACAAAAGGCAGAGGAAUAUAACAUAGAAGCCAGAAGAUGUGAAGGAGUUUUAAAGAGGAUGAAUUUGUCCAUUGCCAGUUUGUCCCAAGCUGGGGUUAUCUCCCUUCGUGUUAUAGCAAACCUUGCCCUUAUUUUACAAAUAAAAGACACAUCUGAUACAAGUUUCCUUCUGGCAAUGCAACAUUUAGAUGAUGAAAUAUACAAGGCUGAGGAAGCCAGAAGGAAAGAGGAGAGAAAUUUACAGAUUUUAACUGAGAAAAUCAAAACUGCCAUGGUUAAACAGAGUCACCUCAAAAAAGCCAUGGAUGUACUUGAGCAAAAAGCAGCAUGUCAGCAACCAGAAACUGAGAAACGAAUGAAAGAUGUUCACUUCAUCCGCAGCAAGACCAAAGAAUAUCAGGAUAAAAUUAAACAAAUGCAGAAAUCUCUUCAAAAACUGAAAGUGGAUCCCUCCAUUUAUCACAAUAGCCUUGUACAGAGUUCAAAGGAGUUACAAAAGCUUCAGGAGGAGAUGUCUCCCCUACAGUCCAAGUUACAGACAUACAGCAGCCUACCUCCGGAUUUAUCAUCUAUCAAAGUUAAAAUUGAAGAAUUAAAAGUAAAAUUGGCUGGUUUAGAAAAUGAGUUUAGCAAGAGAAUAGAUCUCAUGCAUAUGUGAAAACGAGUCAGUGAUGUUGAAUGAUGAUGUUUAAAAGAAGAUCCUUGGAAUAAAAAAUAAAUAAAAACAGGUUAUAAAAUGAAUUUUGUAUAAUCUUGUACAGUAAUAGUAUUUUGAAUAA